UGACAGAAAGAAAACGUUUUUACUUCAAUGACUGACGUUAAGUAAUAUUUUUGAAGUAUAUUUCCGAAUACCCUUAUGAUUUUAUAAUUUAUUUACCUAAGUACGCAUUUCAUAUUGAUAUAUUGCUCGUCUCUUUUGGUACGAAGAAGGUUAUCAUUAUUUUAUUAAGUAUAUGAUAUAAUAAUUUAUCAUGGGUAUAAUACAGUCUAUUGUGUGUUCUUUAUCAUUUUUUCUCGAAAGAGCAUUGACAUGGACAUUUUGUGCGUUCAUAUUGGUGUUUAUAAUGUUUACCGUCAUCCUUAUGUUGUUAUACGGCAUCGCUGUGGGAUACCAUUACGCACAGAAAGAAUAUGCUCCAUUUAACUUGAGAGCGAGGAAAACGACGACUCCCUCCUUACGGGAGAAUGUUGAAGCGAAAUAUGAUGCAAACAGAGAAGAGGAGACAGGAGAGGAUAACCAGCCACUCGUGCGUUUGGUGGGCGUCGACAAUUUUGAAGAAGAACAAGCGCUGAGCCAGCAAAGUCCUGAGCCAGAUACUUCAACGCCAUUUGUUAUAUUUGACAUAGAACGGCCAACAGUGCCCGAUCUGUCGCCUCAAGCAAGAGAAUUGGCGCAUCGCCUCAUCAACCGCUUCCGACGGUCUCGGAACAACAUGGCGACAGCGGAGCCCUUCCUCCGACCACUGCGAGCUCUCAACGUCAACGGAAACUCCACUGACGUCACCGGCGCUUCUAUCAGUCUGCUCACCUGAUUCUACUGACUUCAGCGAGAUUGUUAUUUAGAUAGUAAAUGUUUUAUAUUUAUCAUUUUAAAAGUACUCUAGUUUCUCAUCACUUACUAUGAGCUCGGUGUUUCUUACAAGCUUUUAUUUAACUUGCAAUGUAUGUGCGUCGCUAUGUCCCUAUGUCUCGGGUGGAAUCUUGCAACUCAAGUUUGAAGCAGAUAUCUAUCUUCAACCGAUCGAGCUGAAAUAUUGUAUACACGUUUAAUUUGGAUGACUAUGCAUUAUUAUGAUAAAUAAGGUGUACCCAGCAACGGCUCCGAACGUGGGAACUCUUCAAAGGUGCAAUUCAAUAAGAUCUCUCUGACAACAAUAAAAGCUUGUGUCAAAAAUGACCAUUUUUGUAAAAAACUUAUUUCCGAUUAAUUCAUUCAACUUUCUCGCCAGCGCCAUCUAAAUUUCAACGAUGUAAUUGCUCGAAUCGACAAAUAUGGACCUUCAGCUCAUUUUGACUUGGUCGUUAUUGCUAACACUGGUCGUGGUCAGAAUAAAAAUUGAAGUUGCCCUAAAACCAAAUGCAUUCAGAUUUGCUCCAUGUUUUCAAGAUAUGAAACUAAAAAAUGCUUGAUUUUUUAAAAAUAUUUCUUUAUAGACGUCGUCUUCAGAUGACCACGGGCGAUCUGCGAAAAAAGCGUAAA